AUGCCGGGCCGCCUCACCGUUCAUCGGCCCACGCCAACCACCGCAAGUUUCACGGUUUCCAAUGCGCCUCGGCGAUCAGAUCCCACAGCGAAAGUUCUGUUCGCUUUUGGUAUCUUGCUGCGCGUCCUCUCAUUCCUCUGUGUCAUAGCUGUAGCUAUCACACGUGCCAGACAUCAUUUCUUCGAAGAGGGCAGCUUCUUGACCAUUGCGUGGGAAGAUGUAUGGUCGAGUGCCGCCGGCAGGUAUGCCUGUCAACUGGUGGACUCGUACAAUCCGUCGGUGCUCGCGAUAGCCGGCACAUUGAUCCUAUAUGGGGAAUCGCUGUUGGUUAUUCGGGGCUUCGGCAUCCAGACUUCCACGUCGUCCUCCACCUAUCUUUCGACAGCUGCAACCAGAUUCAUUCCCACAACCCAGAUUCAGGAUAUCGUGAUCCAUGAAGCGUUCAAAGGGUUCGAGGUUCGAUUCUAUUUGGCUGUCAUUGUCGAAGGGGAGCCGGGCGUCUUGGUGGUGUUUCCUCAAUUGCUACCGGGCAGGGAAGUCUUGGAGGAGGUUUGGAGAGGAUCUCGACGUUGUUUAUACGACACCAAAUCUUGA